AUGACCACCACAAAGAACUUUGAGAUCUUUAGUCGCAUCCAACCCAAUGAAUACAUUGGACGAUUCCUAGACCAGAAUAUCAGACCAGAUGGAAGAUUGCUUGAUCAGUUCAGACCCACAUUCGUCACUGCAGGAACUGUAGCUACAGCCAACGCCAGUGCUAUGGUUAGAUUGGGUGGCACUACUGUAGUUUGUGGUAUUAAAGCAGAAGUAUGCGAGCCCAAAGUCGACACACCAGACCAGGGAUAUCUUGUACCCAAUGUCGAAUUGUCUCCAAUGUGUUCAUCCCAAUUUCGCCCUGGACCUCCUUCAGCAAAGGCACAAGCUGUUUCAGAAUUCAUCCAUCAAUUAUUAAAAAAAUCAAAUGUUGUACCUCUUGAGAGUCUGUGCAUUGAAUCCGGAAAGGCAGUGUGGGUACUAUAUGCUGAUAUUGUAUGCUUAAACUAUGACGGAAAUAUUAUCGAUGCUAGUCUUUUAGCUCUUGUAACUGCCCUAAAGAACCUUUCUUUGCCAAAGGCCGAGGUUUCUCCUCUGUUGGCUGUCGAGGCUGAUCCUAGUGAAACCGUCCAACCUUUCCUUCUCACAAAUUUCCCUGUCGCAUCUACUUUCUGCAUUUUCAACCAACCCAAUGUACUUAUUGCCGAUCCAAAUGAUACAGAAGAGUCACUGGCCAAAGAGACUGUGACGGUAGUAAUGGAUACAAAUGGUGAAAUCUGUCGUGUGUACAAAAAUGGAGGCACAACAGUAGGAUCGGAUGUCCUACGUGCCUGCUUUGGACAUUGUAAGAAGCGAACCCAACAAAUCAAACAAGUGAUAGAAGAUGCUCUCAACCAAUAAUAAAUCAUCCUCAAUCAUUCUUUCAAUCAUACAAUA